GAUUUUCUCAAACCCUUGUCCUUCACCUAUCCAUCCAUCUCUACCCACAUCCCAUAAUUACGCUUGUCCUCGCAUGUAUUAUUGAUUCUUUAUUAACACACAUACAUGCUCUUUUUUUCUCUCUCUCUCUCCAUGUUUCGUAACAGUUUCAUCAUAUAAACUAAAAAUGGUGGGACUCUCGUGAAACAAACUACCAAAAGAAACUGCCUCCACCAACCCUCUUUUUUAUAGAGUUCGAAACUCAUCAAAUACUCGUACAGAUAAAAUAAUAUACCUUUUUUUGUUUUAAAUUAAGGAAAAAAAAUAUGUGUGCUCAGGCUCAGGCUCAGGCAGCUGACAGUUCCCAAUACGAGGAGCAAGAACAAGUUAUCGAUAAGGUCGAGGUUUUCAAGAUCAAAGGCAGAAACAAACGUGGCCACAAGAUCCUUCGUAUCAUCGGAAAAUCUUUCCCUGGUCGGUGUGCGAGUGUGGAAACGGUGAAGAAGUAUUUGGAGGAGAAGGUGUAUCCGAAAUUGGAGAAGAAGCCAUUUUCGGUGGUGUACGUGCACACCGGAGUUCAAAGGAGCGAGAAUUUUCCGGGAAUCUCAGCCCUACGAUCAAUCUACGAUGGGAUUCCGAUGGAGGUGAAAGACAAUCUACAGACUGUGUAUUUUGUGCAUCCAGACCUUCAAGCUAGGCUCUUCUUCGCCACCUUUGGUCGCUUUCUCUUCACCGGCGGGUUGUACGGCAAGCUAAAGUACGUGGCGAGGCUUGAUUUGUUGUGGGAGCAUGUGAGGAGGAACGAGAUAGAGAUCCCAGAGUAUGUGAAUGAUCAUGAUGAAGAUUUGGAGUACCGUCCGAUGAUGGAUUAUGGGUUGGAGAGCGAUCAUCCGAGGGUGUAUGGUAUUGGUGGUGCACCCGCGGUCGAUUCACCUGUGUCAAUGUACUCUAUGAGGUGUAUCUCAUAAGAUAUGAUAAAUUUACUACAACAUGGGUGCCUCUUCUUUAAUGUGAAUGUGUGAGCGUAAGUGUGAGUGUGAAUGUGAACGAUAAAGAUAGAUAGAUAGACUUUUCUUUCUCUGUUUGGUUUUGGCUAUUAUGGGCCUGGUUUUGUAAAUAUGGUGACUAGGGUGGUCAAAUUUGUCUGGCACUAAACAAGAAAUUUAAGAUCUUAAUUGAUUUUGUUUCUCAA